AUGAAUGAUAAAAUUGAAUAUGAUGAGCAUUUUAUUUUUAGUAAUGAAUGGGAUGAGCUUACAUACAAAAACCAUGAUAAGGGAAUUUUAAAUAAAAAUAAUGAAGUAGUCAAAAAUAUAAAUGAUAUGGACUUUUUUUUUGAUAAUUUCGAAGAUAAUAAUGAGAAACCAAAUAACGAAAAACUUCAAAAUGGAAAAAUAAAUGGAGAAUCAACUGUAAAUGCAUUUAAUGAUUCUUUAUGGCUUGAAUCAGAUAUCAGUAACAUCUCCAUAAACAAAACGCAUGAAGAACAUAACAUUAUUAUGAGAAACUCUGAUAACUCUUAUAAAAUAAAUGAAAAUAUAAAUAACAGCCAUGACUUAGAAUUACAUAUUGAUGAAAAAGUUGAUAUAGAUCCUAAAUUGGAUUUAUGGGAAAAUAAUAAAAAUUUCUCAUCUAAUAAUAAUUCAACAAAAGGUAAAAAAACCAACUUUUAUAAUUACAAAUGUAAUAAGGAAACCAUUGAUUCUAAUAUACUUACAAAUAAUGAAGAUAAUAUUAUAACACUAAAUAAAAACAGUCUUAAAUUGGAAUAUCCCGAGUAUACUUUUAAUGAAUAUGAUAUGGAAAGUAAUAAUUUAUCUAAUGAAAAUAAUGCUCUUAAUGAUAGUAAUUUUGAUGUUAAUGUAUAUCAAAAUGUAGAUGUAAACAAUUUAAAUAAUGAAAAUAAAAAUGAUAAAGAUACUAGUACAAAUGAACAAAAUAAAAUUCAUAAUAAUAAUUCUAGAGAAAAUAAUAAUGAAACUAGUAAAAAUGUGGAUCCAAAAGAUUGUAAUAAAAAAGUGAAUACUCAUGAAUCUAUUUUAAAAAAAAAGAUGAAUAAUGUUUUUGUUAAUGAUAAUAGUAAUUUUGAUUUUGAUACCACAAGUGGAACAACUGAUAAAACAUACAAUGCUAGUAGUAUGAAUAAUAAUAGUACUUAUACUAACAAGAAUAAUGAUUGCCAUUCUUUUGAUGGAAAUAUUAUUCAUAAAUAUACAAAUAGCAAUGGUGAGGAUAUCAAUAAAUCCAAUAAUAGCGAAAAUGUUAAGUACAAUCAAAAUGAAAAAAAAAAUGAAUCUCUUAAUUUAUUAUCUAGUAAGGAUAAAAUAGAUACAAAAAAAGCAAAAAGUGUUGCAAAAAAAAGUAUGAAUAGCAACAGUUCUAUAGAAAGCUCCGUAAAUAUUGUAAACUACUCAAUAUCUGAUGACAAAAAUAUGAAAUUAAAGAAAAAAAAAAAAAAAAAUAGUAUCAGUGAUAUUUUAACACAUUCAUUAACAUUAUCAGAUAAUUUAGAAGACAGUAAAAGUGUUUCCCAAGGAAAUAAAAAUAUCAAAUCUAAAGACAUAAGCAAAUUAUCAGUUAAUAGUAAUACAGAAGAGAAAAAAAUAAGAAAAAAAAAAAAAAAAAAUUCCACUUCAUCUGAUGAAAAUAUACUUGAUACUAUAAAAGUUAGUGAUGAAAAGAAAUUCUUCAAUGAAAUUAAGGAAUAUUUAAACAACAAAAAUACAAAAGAAAUAAAUGUAAAAAAAAUUGAUGAGAAUAAUUUUAGUUAUGAUAUUGACAUAAAAAAUAAUUUAAAGGAAAAAAUAAAAACUUCUAAGAAACAAUUAAGUUCUUCAAAAGAGUCAUCUCCAAAGGAUAAAAUAAAAAAAAAAGAAAAAAAAGUUCUUUUAAAACAGAACAAUAGCAUUAAUCAAAAAACAAUUGAAAAGCAGAAAAUGAACGAAAAAAAAUGUAAAAAAGCAAAUACUAAUAAUACUCUUGCCACUACUUUAACAGAAGAAAAAAAUACUCCUGAUACAAAAAAUAAAUGCAAAAAUAUAGAAGACAUUGAAAUAAAUAUAACUAAUUAUUUUGAAAAUAGAGAUAAUGAAAAAGGCAUUAUAGAAAAAAAUAGCACAGAGAUGAUUAUUAAUUCUUCGAAUACAGAAAAUGUUAAAUUAAAUUCAUUCAGUUAUUUAAAUAAAUUUAAUAAACACAAAAAUGAACUUCCCAAUGAUUGUGGCAUGCCAUUCAGAAAUAUUGAUUACUCUGAUGAAAUAGACCAAAAUAAUUAUUCGAAAAAGAAAAUAAAAAACGAAAAAUCGGUUAACCAAAUACAAGAAAAUAAUUAUAUAAACGCUUCAAAUGAAAGUUGUAUAGAAAAAAUAGAUAAAAUAAAUCUAUGUAAAAGUAAAUCUUAUUCUGAAGAUAUUUAUUCUCAAGAAGAAUUUUAUCAAAAUCACCACACUUCUUCAAAGAAAGAAAUUGAAACAAAGUCUUUUGAAAAAGAAAAAGAGAUGGAAACAAAGAAUAAUGAAAAUAAAAUAGAGAUAAAAUAUGCUGAAAAGGACUGGACAAAAAAUGGAUUUAUAAAAAGAAUAAAAAAAGAGAAAGAAAAUGAAAAAAGUAAAUAUAUAGAAAAAGAGGAAAUUAAAAAUAAUAGAAGCAUUUUGCAAAAUGAAGAAACAGAUCAAAGUAUAUAUACUAAACAAGAUAUGAAUAAUACUGAAGAAAAUGAAAAAGAAGAAAAUAUAAAAAACUUAUAUGAUGAAAGUACAAUAAAAAAUAGAACAAAUGUUCAACAAAAAAGUCGAAAAUUUAAAGAUAUCUUUAUAUCAUUUAUAAAAAGAGAUGAUUCAAAAAAAAAUGAAGAUGUACCAGAAAAAAAUGUGGAGAAUAGAAAAAUGUUAAAAAAGGAAAAUGCAAAAUCUGAUGAAUUAAAAUUAAAUAAAAAAAAUGAAAAUGAAAAAAUUAAAACUAAUUUUUAUAAUUUGAAAAAAAAGUCUUACGAUGAAGAUGAUGAAAAAUCUAAGAAAAAAUUUUUUACAAAAAAAAAAUUAUUCAGCGAUGCAUCAAAUGAUUUCUUACAAAACGAAUAUAUUGAAAAGGAGAAUAUAUUAAAAAAAAAUAUAAUCAUUAACAAUGAAUCAGAUGAAAAAUCUGCAAGUUCUCCACCGAAAGAAAAUAUAAAUAGUGAUAAUACUUUAGAAGCUAACUCAGUAAUUAAAAAACGACCGAACACUUUAUACAAUAACUUUUUAGAAAGCCUAAAACAUCCUUCUUGUAAAGAUGUAGUUGAAAAAGUAAAAAAUUUUAUUUUAAAAUUUCCUCAAAAUUUAAAUAGAGAAAAAGCAGCAAAUAAAAUUCACAAUUUUAUAAGUGAAACACAACCCAUCUUACUAAAUUCAGAAAUUUAUAAAAAUUUAAAUAAAUAUCAAAUAAAUAUGAUAAUAGAAGGUUAUGAAAAAUUUAUUAUGCAGAAAUUAUACUUUCACCUGUAUCAAAUGGAUAUUAAAGAUAAAGAUGAAGAUGAAAAAAUAUACACAAAAAUAAACUGUUUACAAUGGGUAGAACUGAAACAUUUAGAAAUUAUUGAAGAAAUAAAUUUAGAUCGUUUACAAAUUGCACAAAGAGAGCUUUUAAGAAUACAAAAAAUGAAAGCACCUAAUGAUAAAUUAAUUAUGAUUUUAAAUUGUUGUCGUAUUGUUACUUCAGUUCUCUUCGAAGCUAAAAAAAAUCAUAAAAAAAAUAAAAAAAAAAUGCUAAAUAGCAACAAAGAAUAUAAUAUAAAUAAACUUGAUGAUAAUGUAAGUGAAAAAAAUAAGCAAGACGUAAUAAAUAAAUAUAUAAAAAACAUUGUAGAAAACAAUCAAAUUAAUAAUUCUAAAAAAAAUAUUGAAGGAAACAACGGAGAUAAUAAUAAAGAAAAUACAACGUAUGAAAAUUUAGACGACUUUGAAUAUCAAGAAGAAAUUAAAAAUAAAAGUAACUAUCAAUAUUUAGAGGAAAAUGAACCAAAAGAUACUCAUAAUAAUAAUUUUAAUAAUUCUAAUGACAAUUUAAAUGAAAAUUUAAAAAUUUCUAAAAAGUAUUUAAAUAUUGACACAAUAAUAGAAAGUGAUGAUGAGCUACUACCAUGUGCCGAUGAAGUAUUACCUGUUUUAAUUUUUGUUAUAAUUAAGACAAAUCCACCUGAAUUAAUUUCUAACAUUGCAUAUAUUCAAAAUUUUAGACAUCCUAGCCAUUUUGUAUCUGAAGAAGCUUAUUCUUUUACCCAAUUUUGCAGUGGUAUUGAAUUUAUUAAAGAACUUGGAAAAACUACUUUUUUAAAUAUAUCAGAAGAGGAAUAUAAAAAAAAAGUUUCAGAAGCUGAGAAAUUAUACUUAAAUGAAGUUAAAGAAAGUAACAAAAAGUUACAAGAAGCAGCUGGUAAAUUAAAUGAGUUAAUCAAGCUUUCUAACGAAAAAAACUUAUACAGUAAUAUUGCCAAUAAAAUUGAAUCCUUAAACUUAAAUUUUGAAAAAACAGAAAAUUUAGAUUCUCUAAGUAUAUCAAAUUUACCAUCAUUUUUUGAAGAAUACAAAAUCCUUGUUAAAUUAAAAAAUGACAUUUUAAAAGAAGUGCAAGACCAUUUUAGUGAAAAUUUGAAUCAAAAAUAA